AUGAACACUCCACCCUCUCAACCACCCCACCAACCACCCUCUCAACCACCCCACCAACCCCCCUCUCAACCACCCCACCAGCCACCGCCACCGCCACCACCCCCUCCAGGUGCAAAUGUUACCCAAUGGUCUGAGAAUCUGACGACUGUCACAGUAAACGCCUUCACAUCCCUGACCGGUCCCACUGUAGAGAUCUCUGAUUGCCCGCUACACAUUUUUCACCUCUUCGUCAACGAAGAACUACAGGAGAAAAUAGUGGCUGAGAGCAAUAGAUACGCCAGGGAGGUUAUGGGAGAUGACAAGUACGAUAAAUGGAAGAAGAUUGACACUGAAGAAUUGGAAGCGUAUUGGGGUUUUUGUAUUCUUAUGGGGAUUGUCCACUUACCAUCUCUGGACGACUAUUGGAGUAGAGACCCUCUUACACACUACGCCCCCAUCACGACAAGGAUUCCUCGGUGGCGCUUCAGGGAAAUCUCUCGGUACCUGCACUUUGUCAACAACCAACAUCUUGCUCCGAGAGGAAGUCCCACGUUUGAUCGGCUGGGUAAGGUCCGCCCUGUGAUUGAUCAUUUCAGCUUGCAAUUCUCAGCCUUGUAUAAUCCAUCCAAGAAUCUUGCUGUGGAUGAAGCAAUGAUCAAAUUUCAGGGUCGGUCCGCUCUCAAGCAGUAUAUGCCUAUGAAGCCGAUCAAGCGUGGGAUCAAAGUGUGGGUACUGGGAGAUAGUACCAAUGGGUACUUCAGUCGUUUCGAUGUGUAUACGGGGAAGCAGGAAAUACGUCAUGGCGUAUAAUCGGUUAAGGCAGUG